GCUUUUGUCGUCUGCCGUUGUGGCCGUGUGCUCAGAAACGGUACUGGCGGUAGUAGUGACGAUAGAGAUACUCGUGCUGCGGCGGCUGCUGCUGCUGGCAGCGCACCAGCAGCUGCGGCUGCUGCAGUGGCAAUGACUGUGUCACGCUCUGUUGACGUCUUGUUAGCUGCAGUUGAUUGUCGGCGGUGACGACAACGCCACUGUCACGGUCCUGGUAGACAACGCGGCAAUUUAUUCGGUCCUUGAGAGGCGGAGAAGAAGCCGGCCACUUUGUGUGGACAUCAUUGGUGCCGCCAAUCUCCUUAAGAUACAAAAUUAUGUGCGAAUACUAUGUAGCUGAUAGUGUUGGAAGUAACUUUGAUGAUUAUGAUUGUGGUGCUGGUGAUGAUUCUAAAAUAAAGUGAUAAUGACCUUGUAUUGGUGCCUCGAAUGAACUCGAUGCUAUUGUGUGUGAUGGAAAGUGUCCUUGUGCGCGAGUGAAGCAUAAAAGAAAAAAAUGACAGAAGACAUAGAGUCACUUGUGCGCUGUUGAUAUUUUACUCCGCCGGUAUACUGUAGAAUCGUAUGUCGUUUAUCGAUCGCGUUUGUAGUCUGCUAUGACUUGACACGACGAUGUAGGCCAAUACGAGGGUGAGGUAAAUCGAAUUCAAAAACGAGCCAGGAAGAAAACAGACUGUAGAGAGAACACGCUUAACGAGUAGAGCGAUUCACAUAGAUCUAUUCAUUCUGCAUAGCUGUUUACGCAGAAUUUUACAUCAAUCUAUCGCAUUUACCUAUUACUACUACUACUACAAAGAUGUCUAUAGUAUUUGCAAAUGUGUAACGUCUGCGUGUGAGCAAGAGAAAACAGGAACACCCGGGAGCAACAAUGCCUAAACAACGAAACGAAGCACAACGAGUGUGUUAGAAGUCGAUUGCCGCCAAUCAAGUAAACAAUAUUUCACCUUAUAUACUUCGUUCAUCUCACUGACCGGGUCCGACCGCAGUUUGAAUGCGAUCAGUUAGAAGCCUGGUUCAAUAGCAAAUUGAGCUUCAGUUCUUUCUGAAGUCUAUAACAAAUAUCGACUGUAUGGCGAGCUCGCGCGAAACUUGAGUAACUUGAAUAACUCCCCAGCAGUUUAAAUAGGCACUGCGUAGCCCAUCGCUCUAUGGCCGUUACUGUGAAUCCGGCGUUCGCCGCAUUCUCCGCGCUCGGUAUUUCGCAGACGCCUCUAAAGAUUCGAAUCGAGGCCGAAGCUCAGGCAGUUCGAGCACCAAAUUACGAGACAAUAAGAAGACGUCCAAGCGCAUAUUGUACUUGCGUCCAACUGUUUACUGCUUGCGCCGCUAGCUCUUUCUAUCUGUCGCCAAAGCCAAAGGCAAAGGCGCCAACCUUUGGAGGCUGCAAAAGCGCGCGUGCCGGUUAAACAGAGGAGGUGCGGAUGUCGCAACGAACGAAUGUUGUUAUCAAACAACCUCCUUCAGCAGAGUAUUAACACCGGUCGCGCUUUAGGACAAUUGCACAACGCCAACUGAUCGACGACUAUCCUUCUCUACUAUAGUUAUCUGCCUCUGACCAGAUCUGCACCGGUCAAGUAAAAUAGUUGACAACGUUUGCUUUUCUCGUAGUUUCUAAAUAGCAGUGCGGAAUACUGUCAGCUGCUGAGAUUUGUUGCUAGCAUUCGCGUUGAAAUACAGUCGCUGCUUGGGACUGAACUAUUGUGAAUGUGACAAAGGAAACGUCAUGCAUUUCUAUCUAGCUCAAAAAGGUAUUUUCUUGUAUACUAGUACGUGCCACGAAAGACCGCUACCAAUUGCCACCCUAAACCCACGACAGGAAGACCUCUAGUCGACAAAGCACACAGGCAAGACUUGUUUCGAUGGAUGAAUUUCCCUUAGAAGGAUCGCACCGAACUGGGGCCCUCGAGAUUGAAUAACGUAGAACAUCACAACAAGCACACUCGCCUGCUGUGUGUCCGUGCGUGAAACUAAGCGGGCCUACGAGAACGCCGAACGACAGCUUAGCUAGCAUCAACGUGCUCAUCUCCUAGUUGAAUUUAUUACACCCAUAUAUAUGUAUAUAUGUAUAUACAUAUAUAUAUAUGUGUAUAUAUAAAGAGAUAACAAAUACUACGUUGAAUCAAGCUACGCAUCGUCGAUCAUAUCGAGGCUGCUUUAGUCUAGCCAGCUUUUACUCUAAGCGUUAAUUACGACGAAAGGAAACUGCAAAUAACCGGACUAUCUCUCCUUCUUCUCACUGGAAUUAAGCAGCUCUACAAGGUAACAGUCCUCGAUCCCCGAAUCAAUCCGAGCUCGUCUUUUUCGCUUAUGUAUGCGCAUAUCUACUAUCAUAUAUGCGUUUUUACAUACAUUUUGGUUCUGCAUGGUGUUCGCCUGCCUCGUUCUUAGCGUAUUUGCGACGAUCGACACGUACGAGGCAAAGGCGUCAUAUAUCCUCCUGCAGAUGGAAAUCGUAAUGGUCGUUUGGUUCACUAUUGAAUUCUUCUGUCGACUUUGGUCGGCUGGCUGCCGCUCAAGAUACCAAGGAUGGUGGGGAAGACUUCGAUUUUUGAGAAGCCCCUUUUGUGUUAUCGAUAUAGUCGUAAUAGUGGCGUCGAUCGUCGUUCUGGCACUCGGGACCCAAAAAUUCGCUGCCUCGGCUCUCCGAGGAUUGCGGUUCUUUCAAAUUUUGCGUAUGGUCCGUAUGGAUCGCCGUGGCGGCACGUGGAAACUUCUAGGCUCCGUCGUGUACGCGCAUCGUCAGGAACUAAUAACUACUCUUUAUAUCGGCUUUCUUGGAUUAAUAUUUAGCUCGUUCUUGGUCUACCUCGCUGAGAAAGACGUGAACAAAAUAAAGUUUGGCAAUUUCGCGGACGCUCUCUGGUGGGGUGUGAUUACACUUUGUACAGUAGGUUACGGAGAUACUGUGCCCAUCACGUGGCCUGGAAAGCUGAUAGCAUCUUGCUGUGCGCUUAUGGGCAUAUCGUUUUUCGCUCUCCCUGCCGGAAUAUUAGGUUCCGGGUUCGCCCUGAAAGUUCAGCAACAGCAACGGCAGAAACACAUGAUUCGUCGGCGAGUCCCCGCAGCUACUCUAAUUCAAUGUCUAUGGAGGUGUUAUGCAGCCGAUGAGAACUCCAUGUCCGUAGCCACAUGGAAGAUCCACCAGGUCCCCCUGCCCAGCCCACCUACAUAUGGUUCAUUCACGCAGUCAAAGACAAGACGAGACCGGCUCGACCUGCCACCAAAGGCGGGACCGAAUCUGACGGACAGAUUCAAGCACAACACGUCGUUCGUGUCGCGGCUGUCGACGAUCCGAAGAGGCCGCCACCAUCCCCAGCACGGCUCGCACCUGCCGCACUCUCCGCUAUCACGCGCCGGGCCUCACGAUACGUCAGGCGAGUCCUGCGCGCCGUCCCGCCACCCACAGGCCAGCUACAGCCACGAGACCGAUGCCAUCUCGGACUCUGCAUCCAAACGAAACUCGGACGACGAGGAAGCAGAGGAAACCCAGCCCAAGUUGACCGUACUCACGAAGCAGCACAAAAACGCAAUACGAGCGCUGAGGAAGAUCAAGUACUUUGUCUCAAGAAGGAAGUUCAAGGAGGCAUUGAAGCCUUAUGACGUAAAGGACGUCAUCGAACAGUAUUCGGCAGGCCACGUGGACCUGUUGGGUCGGACGAAGAACAUUCAGGCGCGACUCGACCUGAUUCUUGGAAAAGCGGGAUCCAAGGCAAAAGACGUGUACGACUCGAAGCAAUCUCUAGCAUCGCGCAUCGUCAAGGUGGAGCGUUCCGUCGAGGACAUCGAGUCAAAGCUGGACCAGCUGCUGGAGAUGUACCUGGAAGACCGGCGGGGUCCGGCACAGCCCGUGCCCCCCCGGAUGUCUCGCCUGCUGCACGGUGGGCCUCCACCACCGCCGCCUCCUUCGAUAGCGCCCUCGAUUGCUCCCUCGCAGAGAUCGGUCACUCCGCCCCCGAUGGCUACGUCCUCACCCCCACCCCCGCUCCAAGGCCCCUUGGGUGCCCUCGGAGGAGGCCAGCUUCCCGAUCAGGGCCCCCUGGAGAGCAGUAGCCCCGCUCCAAUGGGCCCAUCGCCGGGGCCACUGACCUCCUUUCAACCUCCGGCAGGUUCCGGGCCGAUCGGAUCGUCGGUUUCGAGCUCGUACCCUCCUUAUUCCUUGCCCAUGUCUCAGCCAAUUCCAUUCCGUUUGGACCAACCGGCAGUCGUCACCUCCGGCCUGGCAGAGAGUGUACCCCACCUACCUCAGUACCUAUCUCAGCUGCCCCUACAGUCGCAGUCAACUGCCGUGUCACCCUCGGCAACUGCAGUGUCCUCCGUGAACCCCUUAGCUACCCUUGCUAGCCCACCUAUCCCAUCCGAUUCUCCCCUGACCACAACCGAGCAACCCGCAUCUCCACCUCAGCCUCAGACUCAGGCCUCAUCUCCACCAACGGUCGAGGUCAAGGCAGUUCCAGCAAUUCGAGUGGCGGCAACUGGCGACAGUUCGCUGGAGUCGGAGAGAACAACGGCUGACGAUUCGCUCGAGGACGAUACAGCUCACGAGGGUGGAGACGAAGCCGAUGAGGCAGCAGCCCUCAUCCGGACGUCGCCACGGACCAAGCUGGGCAGUGGCCCGUUGGCUCUCAACAGCAGUAACACCAGGCAGAUGGCUUCAUCAAAUCGCAAUGUGGCCGUCGAAAAGACCAACGGCUCCAGUUCUAAGUCGCCGAAAUCACCUCUUGGUUUUUGCGGAAGCUUAAUGAAGCAGUCGCUUGACCUGCGAGACAACUUGCCAAAAGACGCUGGCUCGUCAGCGCAUGGAUCUGCGAUCAUUCCCGGUCCGACUAAUGCCACAGGCUCAGCUUCGCAGAGGGGAGCUUCUGCUGAUGGUGGGAAACCAUCGGUGGUGCGCGUGAGUGUCCGCGAAACGGCCGCGCUGUUACGACCCACCUUGCACACGUUCCAUCUCUGACUUACGCUAUCCGGCCUUCAGCCAAAUGAAACAAUACUAAUAACAAUAAUAAUAAUAAUAAAAGGUGCGAGAUAGCUCAGACAGUCAAGACAUGCUCAAACCGAUUACCAGGUCCCGCACAGCCCUUCCUGAACUUUCCGAAGAGCUUGAGUAACUAUUUGAAUAGCUGCUGCAACCUAAAUGAGGCAUUCAUGAGCUGCUACUGACUGUAUGAACAUCAGCUUCCGAACAUCCGAGUUCAGCCUCGGAUCGAACAAUUAAGCAACAAUAAGCCUGAGCAAGGCCGUGCGAAACGCUGACUGGUCCUAUAAGUGCUUCUGUAAUAUUACCUGCAGCGAGAAGAUGCAUACGAAAGCAAAGUGAGACAAAAACUGGGUUCAUUUCGCAGUUUACAUAUACGCGAAUUCGACAAGCAUUUACACUACUGUUGAUCGGGGAAUCCGCUGAAAUGAGUACAAGUCGCUUAAGGUGCUUUAAAUAUGUCUGCGUGAGAAACCGAUUUCUAGAUCUAUUAACGGUUCGUUGUCCCAGGAUAUAACAGGACUGUGGUCUUUCUGCUUGUGCUUAGCUACUGGCGACACCAAGUGGCCUUCACAUCCAGCUGACUGGGUGCCUUACCAUUUCACGCGAAUCAAGUGAAACAACAGUUAUCUAUUAUUAAAUCUCAAUGUGUACUUACCAAAACACACACUAAUAGUGCAAGGACUGGUCAGAUUUCUGUAUGCCGAAGGAACUCGAAUGCAGAUAGCAUCCCCGAUAGUAAUACCGAUCGUAAGACUGUGAAGCGCUGCCCAGUGUGUAAUACGCUUUACGGCGUAUAAGUUUAAGCAAAAGUCAUUUGUUCUGAGAAGAAGAACAGAAGACGGAACAGGGCUGUAGAGAAGUUCUACCAUCCAUCCAGACUACACGAAACGGUGCAAACAUCAAAAAAGCAGGCUCUGACAAUUUCGUUUGCUCCGCUUCACAACUUAGAGACAAAUUUGUAUUUCUGGUGUUAUGAUUGUUUAUACAAUACACAUGGAACGAUAUGUCGCAGCCACCGUUGAGUGGACACAAAUACGGCCUUGUUAACAAAUACUAACUAGUUACGUUUUUGCAACUAUGGCAAGCAGGAACUGUGAUCAUUGUCAUGUCAAGACCCUCGACAACUAGGCCAAUCCCGCUCGAUAGGAAGAGUCGCAUAAUCCAUGAAAUUAUCAAGAAUCAAUAGAACGACCUACUAAGAUGGCAUCAAGAUGUAUACAUAACAUUGGUCAAUUAGAAGUAACAACACCGAAGCCAACCAGCAUUCAUCGUCCGAGGCUACAAAUAAAUAUACUAAAUAGUGUCUAAAGCCUUUGCCUCGACAAUGUAAACUACUUUUAGCUUAUAAUAACAAUCGUCUGAUAGCGAACGACAAGCAACGCAUCCAACAAUUCUAUUCCCGCUGUAAAACGAUGUAGAAGACAAACGAAUUUAGAGUGACUUCGAAUCAUUUCAUAUUCAGUGUCAACUUACUUGAAUACUGCAGCGUUCCAGAAAGAACACAAUUUUUACACAUCCUGCUGUUUCAUUACACUAUAUUGGAAUUAAGAAGUUACAUCUGCUACUACAACUACAGACAGACGGUGAAAUCCAGGACGAUUUUACUAUACUCGACCUAGUGUUAAACCGCGCCAGCUGUAUCUAUUUGGUUAAACCUUUUGUCACUGAAAACAAACAAUUUUCCUAAAUGUCCGAACCAAGUGUUGUGAAUCUGUGAAUACCCAGCAACAACUACUGCCCCUGUAGGUCUCGUGGAGAUCGUCGGACACACCUUUUGCAUUGUGAUUGUCAUCGUUCUACAAACAACUGCAGGAACCCAUAUCAAUCAUAAUUAUAAAGUAAUACAAUUAAAAUAAUAGCAAAAUUAUAAUUUUUACUACUAAAAUCGUCAAUGACCUGCAAAGGAUCAUAGGGCUGUGCCCGAUUAUUACAUAUGUCGACGAGAAGCUGUACUGUUUAUAUACACAAUGAACCAACCAGAACGGAAAAAAGCAGUAAGCUUAUAGUGUAGACAAAUGAAAAAAAUAAAAGAAUAAUUGAAAACAAUGUAACAUCGUCGAUUGUUUACGCAUAGCCAUCAAAUGGCACAGGAAUUUACCUUAAGCUUAGCUGAUUAGUUUGAAGGCUUCUUUCUGGAGCUGCUUGCGAUGACAAGAAAAGCAGCAGCAGGAACCGCUAGGAAUGUAAUAAUCGCAUUAACUGCAGUCACCUCAGAGGCAACUUGAAAGAAAAUCUACUACCUGACAUGCGUUUGUAACGUGCAGCAGAACAACGACAACAACAAAGGAAACAUUGAAAAACUCUAAGACGACGCGCAAACAUUCACGUAUAUAUGGUUUUAUCGUAGAAAAAAAACCUAAUAAUUCAUUGAAAGAUUGAUUGCUCCUGCAAUAACAACCAAUGAAUAAUACUGUUUAACACAACUGAUCUACAUAUACAUAUAUACGUAGAUUGAUUAUUGAUCCAACAACCUAAGAAAAUCAUAGGAUACAUGGACAUUGAUACAAUACUAUACAGCACAGCAUGAUGUAAUUUCACACAGAAUGAGUAACGACUCCAUGAUGAUAAGCGAACGAGUAAAUGAAAACGUACGCCACCGACGAGAAACAGAUUAUGACAGAGCCGGUUAUUGUCUUGAGCUGAUCCCCUUUCCGGACCAUUGAGGAAAUGCGAAGACCAACAAUGACAUCGAUAACAGUUAGAAACACCACUUGUUUAUAGCACCAAUCACCGCAUAAAGUAUAAUAGAAAAAAAAGCUAAUAACAGGACACACCAAAUUAUCAGUACUUCGGUAUAUUUCCUUAUCCAAACUAUCUAUCUUAAGUCUCAAAAUCUAGUAGGAGAAUCGCUCAAAUACCCAACGCGCUGGCCUGCAUACUAGCGUAAUUUGUCAUUUUUGAGCUAACAUUAAGUACAUCUAACAACCACUGAUACAUGUUAUGCGAAACCGAAAAUAGUUCGAAAUUUCUAUAAUAAAUCGAGCUACCUCAGCCAUUAAACGACGUCGUAUCAUAAACUUGAAGCGUGAAUCGACUCACUUGUACCAUCUAAUAAGGGAUAAACUGAUUGUGAAUGAGCUACGGUAUUAAUAACAGUAUCAAUAAGGCCGUCGUAGGAGCUUACUUGGUGCACUAGGACAGAUAGUGCUUAGAUGGAUGAUGUCUGAUAAUCAUACAUUGACGCUGACUAUAUUCAAUGCUAGCGUUUUGGUUACACGUAAAAUUUUCAGUACAACAACUGCAAGUUUGCUAUAUAUCGAACAGGCAGAAAGUUAAAACUAGCUUGUUACCAGCGGUACGUAGACGAUCGUUUCGAUAUUAUUCGAUACAUAAAGAGAUGUUUAGAGAAAUGCAGCUACAGUCCUGAAUUGAAAAAGAAACUGAACGCUCUUCUAUAUCAGCUUAAUUAUGAAAACAGUGAUGUUAGUCAGCAAAAAACUCAUUUGAUUAAAAAAUUUACCCGCCCUGUACAACAGCAACUUAUCGUUACGGGAUAAAAAGCUACUAUGCACUAGCAUUACUGUAGAACACAGAGUAAGUCCAUUCUGUCUCGAGGUAUUCUACACGCUGCAAUAAUACAUUGCACAGUUUUUGUCAAUAAAAGAGGAACUAAGGAAAUUAUAGUACCAUUCGCAUAAUAUAAAAUCAAUUUCUUUUAUUACUAGCCAUUUCAUUUAUCUAUCACUUACGACUGAUGACGAUGAUCAUCUGAACGCCAAGACAAAUAUUAUUAUUAUUAUAAAUAUUAAAAAAAAAAAUAAUAAAAAUCUCCGCGAACACAUUUGGCAGAGUAGUCCAGGACAUCAAACACCGAAUAACAACAAAAAUGUUUGGAACCGUUUGGACAGAUGACAACCAGCGCAAGGCCAACAAACUGUAACCAAAUAUAGAAACCUCAAAAUCGUAUUGUUAUUAUCACCGCAUGGAAGAAAGCUGACUGCUAAAGGCGGGCGGUUUCGAAAAACAGUAAUGAGGUGAUACAGCAAACGAUGGUACCACAUAUAAUUGUGAAAUCUUUAUAAUAACAAAAACAGUCAAAUUAUUUAAAACACUAGAACCAAUUCAUUUUGGUCACAUUUAUUUCUCAGUCCACUCUUUUAUAUACAAAACGUGUUCAAUUAAUGCACCCCAUAUCGAAACACUAGUCACAUUUAUCAAUUGUAUUAUGCAAAAAGAGUAUAUUAAUAUUAUAGCAAAAACCGUGAUAUUCUAGUAAUAGAACGGCCAACGGCCAGCUUAGAAAUGAGAAAGAUUUUCUACAGCUAAAAUUACAAACUAUAAACUGGAUAAGGUUAUGCUGGGCCGCUGCAAGCCUUAAUUUUUAAAUCAUAAAUCCACAGACUGAGUUGAACUAAAGUCAUACAAUGAGGGACAGCCAAUAUGACUGUAAAAACAGGGAAAUGGUGAACGAGAAAGAUCGUGAUCUAGAAUAGCUGUUUUGAAGACGAACCCUCUGCUUAGCAAGGCAGGGUACAAACCCCUCGCUUAUCAGCCUCUUCAGCGAGGGGAUUCUAAUGCCCUCCCCAGCGCAGAGGGCAUGCCGACGUAAGAGAUGCUUCUGCGCCCCUGGGGUAGAUGCUGUCCGUCGAAUAAACGACGCGUCCGUCCGCUCCACUUCUCUCUGCUGAUAUUUACAACAACUACAGGCACGAAGCAGAGACUCGACUGCGAAAAUCUUUAGAUCAGCUUCAGAUAGUGUUUCUCCCACAAAAGACAUCUUUACAGGUUAGACGCUUCGCCACUUUUCUCUAACACGGUUGAGUCCAACGAAGCUUCGCCGUGGAUGAAAAAAAGAUCUGCGCGCCAGUCUCUCAAAUUAGUACAAUAGAUAAAUUUUCGUAGUUAAUCAAUACAGUAGAGCAUAAUUAGCAUACGCAACGAGUACGGUCCUAUAUGUGGCUAGAUUGACGCUUUUGCAAUUAUGUGCCCAAGGAUAUAAGGAACCCAGUUUAUCUAUAAUGCGUGGAAAAUGUUAGAGAAAAGUAAAUAGGGAUUAGCAUUGACACAUUACGUGCAGAAUACAAAGUACUCUAAGCCUCGAUUGUCAAGCACCUGUUUCUGCUUAUCUGUUCAUCCAAUAAUCUUCACUAAAAAUAUCCAACAUACAAUUUAGCUACGUUACACUUUAAAGUAAAAUUGUUGAUUAGCUGAAUAUUUCGACAGCCACUUUCGAGAUAUAUCUAAAUUUUCUUUCGAUGGCUUUUUCUACUCAAGUCAUUUACGCGUCAUUGCUUGUUUGAAUGGACGAGGGCAACCGAUGCCUCAGUUGGCGUUUCCUUUUCUUUUUAUCGCUGCUACGAUCGUUAACUCUCACGUAUAGUCAAUUAUAGUACAUGUAAUAGGCUUUGUUUGGGCGCGACUCAUAUCGUCACACUGAUAUUGAGGUAGCGAAAUAUUGUUGUCCUAAGUUCGACAGCUGAGAUUGGCUUUAUAGUUAGAUAUGCACACAGACAAAGACCAGGAGGCCAAUGCAGACGCUAAGUGUAGGGACUGGAACUCGAGGCAUUUACUACCCCUGGGUUGAACUAGUGCGAACCUAUAGCUGCUACAACAACAAAACGUAAUCAAGAUCGAAUUAUCGGCAAGAAUGAGAGUUAUUUACCACCGACAGGAAGAAUCACAAGCAAACUAUCAACCAAGCGACAACAACGUAACGAGGACAUCUAUCAACAGCGAGGAGUAAAAGUAAAAACUAUCGAAUAAAUGGUAAACAAACGCCUAGAGCAACAAACAUUUUUAUUACCUCAAUAUAAAUGCAAUUAUAUGAUAACGGUAAAAAUUAAAAUUAUUAUAACAUAUGAUGCUAACAAGCGGCAGAUAUAUAUAAAAGUAAUACUAACUAUAAGUACGCUAACAAGAAGCUAAAUGAACAGAAGAAACAGACGACUGACGGAAUAAAUCGAGUGUCAGCAUAAUCCAAAGGCGAAUAAACGAAACUAAGCCAAACGAGUUUGACCUACUACCCAUUCUUAUAUAUCUGAAUCUGACGACCGUAAAAUAUGAGAAGGUUGGAAAAGAUUGUGAAAAGCGUAGGAAAUAAACAGAGCAUAAUA